AUGACCUCCCACGGUCCCCGCCGACCCCGCCGGCAGAGCCCCCACCCGGCUCCCAGGAGUCCUGCGGCGUCAGCACCGCCCCACAGCCGCUCACCCGGGCCGGGACAGUCUUGCGUCGGAGAAACCGCGCAGCGCGAGAGGGCCGGGGGAGGUGGCCGGAGAGAGAGGAAGGGGAGCGCAGCGCGCCCAGUACCGCUUCGGCCUCCUCCACCCGCCAAGGAGGGGAAAGGGGAGAGCCGGGAGCACAACAGCCCGCGCCUCGCACCCGCCGCCGCGCGCGCCCGCCGCCGCCUCAACCUAGGGGGAGGCCACUACACCUCGUGCUCGCGCACGCCGCACAGCUCUCCCAGUCGCCCCAGCGCAGCCUGCUCUGCGCAGCCCCCGCCCACCGGCCUUCCUGCCGCGGCCUCCCUCCGCCCCCACCCGCUCGCGCGCCUGCGCCUCUUCCGGUCCCGCGGGCCAAUGGCAGCGCGCCCCUAUUACAUAAGCGAGAGGGGGCGGGGCUUCGCGGGGACGGCGGCCCCUCAGAGACGGGAACAGCAGGGGACGUCGCGCUCUGUCCCCUGCGCACCGCCCCCCUUCUCCUGCGUGCUCCAUCUGGGCGGCUUCAGCCGGCCCUGGGAGCCGCGUGAUCUCGGUCCCGGCGGGUGA